AAUGAUUUACCUGUUGGAACGCGUGAACCGGCGCGGCCUUGUGCGCGAGCGCAGGUUCGACUGCGAGUCAGUUCCAAUCCAAGACUCAGCGCGGGUGCGCGUCACGUCGCUCCGAUCGUUGACACUCGAUUUUGUCCAAUUAGUGCGCUCGCGAGAAACGAGUUAAGUGGUUUGGCCGAAUAGUGAAAAUUCCGACUCAAAUAACAAACUCGCGUCAACGAUGCAUUGUCAAAUUCUUUAUUAGUGCUAACAAUAUGUAACAUAAACUAUGUAAAUUAUAUAAGUUUAAGUGCAGUUUAGUGAAUUAAAAAUGUGCAUAAUGUGGUUAAUGAGCGCUCUAUUAAUGCUGAGUGCGAGUUCGUGCGUGUGGUGCGCAUCCUUGUCGGCAACGACGGGGGCGCGGUAUCAAGCUCCUGACGAGUGCCGAUGGACGACUGACAACGAUGAGUCUGGAGUGACGUUGCAAUGCAGAUUAAGAACUAUAAAUAGCGAGUUAGAAAAUACAAACUUUAGUGCUAUACAACCCCAUCUUACCGUGCGGCUGCGACUAGAAUGUAGUGAUGCAUUAUUCUUUCAAAGUUCUUUAGCUCCCGGAAGUUUUCGUCAAUUAAUAGAGUUAAGAGAGCUCACAAUUGAAUAUUGUAAAAUUGGUAACCUGUCCGAUGGAGCAUUUACGGGCCUCCGUGAACUUAAAAAUUUAACAAUUAGAACACAUAAUACGGAGUGGGCGACCAUGUCACUUGAAAUAACACCGACAGCUUUUUCAAGAGAUAUACAAAAUUUGGAAAGACUAGAUCUAAGCGAAAACAACAUGUUGACCUUUCCUGAAGGAGCCCUGUGUACUUUGCGAAAUCUAGAAUAUUUGAACAUGACUAACAAUCGAAUGAGAGAUAUCAGUCACUUUCAAUUUUCAACUGCUCAUCGACACCCGACUGAAAAAUGCGGGGACAAUCUUUUGAUAUUGGACUUAUCGAAAAAUGUUAUAGACACACUUCCGCCAGGUCUUCUUUCUGGGCUUAAGCGACUACAAAAGCUUUACCUUCAAGGCAAUGGUCUCAACUCUGUAGCUGAUAGAUCAUUAGAAGGGCUCAUUUCAUUAACGACCAUUCGCUUCUCUGACAACCAACUUACUAGUUUACCACCGGAAUUAUUUAGCGAUACGAAAGAGCUAAAAGAAAUAUAUUUAAACAACAAUACAAUCACAGUGCUAGCGCCUGGUUUGUUUAGCGACCUUUUCCAACUUCUUGUGCUAGAUUUGUCACACAAUGAAUUAACAUCUGACUGGAUAAACACGUCGACCUUUACGGGUCUAAAAAGACUCGUGUAUUUGGACUUUUCGCAUAAUCGUGUAUCAAAAAUGGAAAUAGCCUUAUUCAGAGAUCUACAUAAUUUACAAAUAUUAAAGAUGCAGGACAAUUUCAUUGAACAUAUUUCAGAAAACGUGUUCAUAUCCUUAAGUAAUUUGCAUACAUUAAUUUUAUCAAACAACAGAUUGACUAAUAUAGAAAGUUAUGCCUUCGUAGGGAUGCCAGUGCUCACUGUAUUGUCGAUAGACAGCAACCGUAUAUCAAAAAUACAUCCACAUGCUUUUAGAAAUUGUUCAACGUUACAAGACUUACAUAUUAAUGGAAAUCGAUUGGAUGAGGUUCCGAUUGCGCUCAAAGAUAUUCCACAAUUAAAAACGCUCGACCUAGGAGAAAAUUUAAUAGUGAGCAUUGAAAAUGCCUCAUUUAUGACAAUGCAACAGAUGUAUGGGCUGAGAUUAACUGAAAACAACAUCGGAAACAUAAGUAAAGGCGUGUUCGACAAAAUGACUUCAUUAAAAAUACUUAACUUGUCUCGAAACAAAAUUCACAAAAUUGAAGCCGGUGCAUUCGACGGAAACAUAAAUUUACAAGCCAUAAGAUUGGAUGGAAACUACUUGACGGACAUUGGAGGUCUUUUUGCAAAAUUACCGAAUUUAGUAUGGCUAAAUAUUUCCGAUAACCGGUUAGAGUGGUUCGACUACGCCAUGAUUCCAACUGGUCUGCAAUGGUUAGAUAUUCAUGCAAACAGAAUUGCUGAACUUGGAAAUUACUUCGAGAUCGAGUCGCAGCUCUCUCUCAGUACUUUCGACGCCAGCUCUAAUAGGCUUACGGAGAUAACAGGCAGUGCAAUACCGAAUUCGGUUGAAAUGUUGUAUCUGAAUGAUAAUUUAAUUUCAAAGGUACAAUCUUACACAUUUUUCAAAAAGCCAAAUUUAACCCGAGUGGAUCUUUACGGAAAUAAAAUAACAAGUUUAGACCCGAAUUCUUUAAGGAUAUCCGCUGUCCCUCAGGAUAAAUCCGUUCCUGAAUUUUUUAUUGGAGGAAACCCAUUAGAGUGCGACUGCACAAUGGAGUGGCUACAAAAAAUAAACACUGGAAACCGAGCCAGAACUCAACCGAAGUUAAUGGAUUUAGACAGUAUACAUUGUAAAUUAUUAUACAAUAGAGGAAACUCAUUUGUGCCUUUAGUUGAAGCCGCACCGCAUCAGUUUUUAUGUAAAUAUGAAUCCCAUUGUUUCGCGCUGUGCCAUUGCUGCGAUUUCGACGCCUGUGAUUGCGAAAUGACUUGCCCUAAUAAUUGCACUUGUUAUCAUGAUCAAUCUUGGUCAGCUAAUGUAGUGGAAUGCUCAAGCGCAGGCUACGUAAAUUCCUUACCAGAGAGAAUACCUAUGGAAGCCACACAACUAUAUCUUGACGGCAACGACAUUAAGAUGCUUCCCAGUCAUGCUUUUAUUGGAAGAAAGAGAUUAAAAAUACUAUAUCUAAAUGCCUCCAAUAUUGAAAUUAUUCACAACAGAACAUUUAACGGUUUAAAGGAGCUUGAAGUGUUACAUUUAGAUCACAACGGAAUUAAUACUUUAGAAGGACAAGAAUUUGAUGGAUUAGAAAAUUUACGAGAACUUUACAUCGACAACAAUAAAAUUCGCAGCAUAGGAAAAGACAUGCUUAGUAACAUGCCUCGUUUAAAAAUACUACAUUUAGACCAUAAUAGAUUGAUAACUAUAUCGGUGUGGCAAAUCAAUCCAGCUGUUACAUCAAUAACAUUAUCGUUUAACCCAUGGUCGUGUGAUUGUGAAUAUACAGAAAUGUUUAGAGAAUGGACGAAAAGAGUAAAUUCCAUUGUGGAUUUGUCAGAAAUAAAAUGCAUUUUUAGUAAAGGAAAUAACACUGAUAUUAUACCUUAUAAUGAGAGCAUUUACAACGAUUUGGAUUCCGGAUUCAAAAUAACUGAAGAAAACGGCACAAUGUGCACAGGUUUGCCUAGUAUCAAUAACAGUAUUAACGGAAAUCUUACAGCGACAAAAACUAUAAUAACCAAUGGAGAAGUACAAGACUACAUUCCCUUACUUCUGGCAGCCCUCGGCAUAUUAGUACUAGUCCUAUUUGUGAGCCUCUUAACGUUUAUAUUUAGACAAGAAAUGAAGUUAUGGUUUCAUUCCAAAUUUGGAGUAAGGCUUUUCCACAGAGCAAAUGACAUAGAUACAGAUGAUCGUGAAAAAAUGUUUGAUGCAUUUGUGAGCUAUAGUUCUAAAGACGAAGCUUGGGUCGCAUCUGAGUUGGUGCCUAUGUUAGAAAGAGGCGACCAUUCUUAUAAGUUGUGUCUGCCGUAUCGGGACUUUGCAGUGAGCGGGAACGUAGUUGAAAAUCUAACUAGAGCAGUGCAAACUUCGCGCCGUACAAUAAUGGUUCUAAGUGAGAAUUUUAUUAAAUCCGAGUGGAGCAGUAUAGAAUUCAAAUCUGCUCAUCUUCAAGUUUUAAGAGACAGACGGAGAAGACUCAUUGUUGUGCUUAUCGAUGAUGUUCCGCCCAAGGAUCUCGAUCCUGACUUGAGAUUGUAUUUAAAGACAAAUACGUAUUUACACUGGGGUGAUAAAUCGUUUUGGGAGAAGUUGAGAUUUGCUCUGCCCGACGUGCCGAGCAACCAGCGGUGCCGCGGUGUGCCGAGCCCCGGCGCAGGCGGCGCGGUGCCCAUGCACCGGCACCAUUACCCGCGGGGCCACAUGGGCGCGCUGCCGCCACCACCCGUGCACGGCGCACACCCUGUACUGCCACCGCACCCCUCACAUGCUGCGCAUCAGAUACCUCCCCGUGCCUCGCCUCGUACACUCUCAGCUCACGUUUAAGGUACUUUAGAACUGUAAACCUUAGUGUAGUGAAGUGCCCUGUAGUGGAAUGUAAACAAAGUGCAGUGUAAAUAUGACUCAGUGAACAUUGUGAUAGCUAGUCCGAUAGCCUGUAUAUUGUAAAUAUUUUACUUUUAAUUUAAUGAUAGUGUAAAAAUAU